GGUGUCUUGUUUCUAUCGUCACGGCUAUGCAUUAAGUCGACGCCAUGGACGAGUCUCGCCGAAGCACAUGCGAUGGAAUUCGUCAGACAGAACACCACUAUCCCGCUUCCAAAGGUUUACUCAGCUUUCACAUACAAAGGUCAUGUGUACAUUGUUAUGCAAAGGAUUGACGGAGCUACCCUCGCCCACAAUUGGCAUCGUCGCACGGAGGAAUCGAGACUGAGAAUUCUCUUACAGCUGAAAACCAUGGUUGAGCAGCUACGGAAAUUAGAGUCCCCGGACGGUGUCGGUGUAGCGAAUAUUGAUCGGGGGCCAAUCUUCGACAGUCGCCUUCCAACACACUUCUACUGGGGACCAUUCGCCUCGAUUUCGGACUUUCAUUCCGCAUUAUUAGAUGGCCAAAACCUGGAUAUGACCUCAACCGAAGCCUUCCCGGAACUUCGAGAGCUAGCCUCGUUUUACAACCAACCGUGGCUUCAGCCCGUCUUUACACAUGGCGAUCUAAGUAGCCUGAACAUACUCUGCAAGGAGGACAGCAUAGUUGCGAUUAUCGACUGGGAGACUGCGGGCUGGCUUCCAUCCUACUGGGAAUACGUUACUGCCUGGAAUGUCAAUCCUCAGAACAGCUUCUGGCAGGAGGAGGUAGACAAGUUCCUAGCUCCUUUGCCUUAUGCUCGGAAGAUGGAUACGAUUCGACGAAAGUAUUUUGGCCUCUUCUGAACAAGUGUCUCUCCAUUCGAUCGAAUUGCAGAUUACGGAACCAACUCCUUUCUUUCGAGCAUGUCCCAAGUCGCUACCUUUGACAAAUCAAAGUUGCCCUUGCCGUCAAAUCGAUGCUGCGCUUUCUUCCCCUCGACAUAGUGCAUCGCUGUGUCACGGAUGGUACUCCAGUCGGUGUUUGAGGUUCCCAAGGCUCUUCCAUUCUUUUCCAGCGCUUCCAAUGCAUCCUUCACCCACACGACACAGUUCCAACCCGGCUGUCCUCCUUUGAUAGGAGUGGAUCUCAGUGUCGAAUUCAGCCGUGUGGCAUUGGCCACCUUCCCUACUAUAAUGCGCACUAACACCAUCGCCGUUGGUGCCAUAGAGAUCUCACGUUCCUCGAAUUCCUUAUAGGGACUGAGGAGUUCUACCAACAGAUGUUAUACUUUCCCUCGCGUGGAACAUCCCUCCCUCGGCGUCUCGAGUUCCUGGCUUUGGACCGAUAACGA